AUGCCCUCCGACCCCUCCGGAGACGACCUCUUCCAAGCGGGUCUAAAAGCGCGCCGUGAAGUCCUAGGCGACGACUACGUGAAUCAGGUCCUUCAAAAACAACCCAACAGCUUCACACAACCUUUCCAAGAUCUUGUCACCAAAACAGCAUGGGGCAUGGUCUGGACGCGACCGGGGUUAACCCGCGCGCAACGCUCAAUGCUCAACAUCGCCAUGCUGGCGGGAAUGAAUCGGCCCGAUGAAUUCAAGCUGCACCUACGGGGUGCGAUCAGAAAUGGUGUUAGCAAGGCUCAGGUUCAGGAAAUAUUGAUUCAUAUGUCCAUGUAUUAUGGUAUGCCAGCUGCGGUUUCGGCUUUCAAGAUUGCUGAUGAGGUUUUGAAGGAUAUUGAGGAUGUUCCUGAUAGGAAGUCCAAGCUGUGA